UUUAAUUUUUUCUGAUAAGAAGCCAGCGAGCUAGUUCAUUUGUUUUUCUGUAAUUUUUGUACUGAUUGCAUUAAUAGCAAGAAAUCGCGAUUUGGUACAUUUGCGUAGAGUUUAGUUUACUAACAUUGUUUCCCUCAGUACAUUCAAGAUUUCUUACAGUAUUUCCUCCUUAAGCGAUUAGCCAUGCAAGUGAAAUCCUCCAUGGAGGUCCCCAUAGUUUGAAAUGCAUAAGUAGAAUCAUUUUCUUUCUUGAUGGUCAAUUAAUUCCCCCAUGAUACAGAAUUGUUGCUUGUGAAAGUGAGAAUGUCAUCUAUCAUCUUCAGAAAUUCGUUACGGUGUUGUACCAUAGCUACCAGACACAUCAUACCCACGAGAACCUUGACAUCUACGAGUGCCAGAAAGCAGUUUUCAUUAUUAUCCAAAGGUGUAGCGUGCGUUUUCAGUGCUAGUGUGGCAUGGCUUUUGAUUUCAACAUUUCAGUCACGAGCGGCAGUACAUGCUUACAAAUCUAAGAAGAAAGAAGAAGACCCUAUUGCCAAAACUGUAAAGUUGACAUCACGCGAGCGUCGUUUUAUAAAGUUUGCAUCCGUAGAGUAUGAUGGCCAGCUGUACAUGACACCGCAGGACUUUUUGGAGUCUUUUGUUGAAGAGGAGCCACGUCCUCGCCUGAAGAGAAGGGUCAUAACAUCUAAGGAACUUGAGGGAAUUAAGGACUCCACUCCACCUUUAAAUAAAGGAUCUACACAUCUCUUCAGAAAUCUAAGAGACGGAGGAAUUGUGUCGUACACUGAGUACUUGUUCUUAUUAUCCAUCCUCACAAAACCACAAUCAGGAUUUCGAAUAGCAUUCAAUAUGUUUGACACAGAUGGGAAUGAACGUGUGGACAAGACGGAAUUCCUUGUGAUUUUAAGAUUACUGGGAACUUCAACUCACCGACAGAAAGAGCUGCGUAAAUGGCUGGAAGAUGAAUCUAUGGAAAAAAUUUUCAGUCAUGCUUGGCGAGACAAAAGAGGACUAUCAGAAGCCACCACCACAGAAAGUGGCGAGAAGAAACCCAAUGAGGAAUUCGUAGAUGAUGAGCAAGGCCUGCAGAGACGCCAUAAAGUAGACACCACAUUGAUCGUCCACUUUUUCGGGAAAAAAGGAAACAGAGACCUACACUACGAAGGAUUUCGAAGGUUCAUGGAAAAUUUACAAACAGAAGUUUUAGAAAUGGAAUUUCAUGAAUUUGCUAAAGGGUCUCCUACAAUUAGUGAAAUGGAUUUUGCCAGGAUUUUGUUGCGCUACACAUAUCUGGACACUAACGCAUAUGAUGAAUAUUUGGAUCGAUUGCUCGAAAGACUGAAAACAGAAAAGGGGAUGCCACCUGGCAUUUCUUUUGAAGAGUUUAAAGUAUUUUUCCAGUUCCUGAAUAAUUUAGAAGACUUUACAAUUGCAAUGCGAAUGUACACACUAGCAGACCAUCCAAUCUCCCAGGAGGAAUUCCACAGAGCUGUAAAAAUUUGUACAGGAACAAGUUUAAGCAAACAUCUAGUCAGCACUGUUUUUGCAAUUUUUGAUGAUGAUGGUGACGGCCAGCUGAGCUAUCGAGAAUUCAUCGCCAUUAUGAAGGAUAGACUACACCGCGGUUUUAAAUCAUAUGCUAAAAAUGAAGGAUGGGAUGCUUUUAAGUCAUGCCUCAAGCAAGAGAUCAAGACACCCACUUAAUUAUUCAUCAUCCUGCUAAGUAUUUCUGAAUGGUCUAUUUUCUAGUCAUGAAGUUUUGCCGAAAUGUUGGGUAAAAAUCUGUACUUUAAGUUGACACCUAAUUUUAAGCCCAAAAAGAUCUUGUACUUACACUUAUUUUUUCAUUCUUGAUAUGCUAAUCUUAAGAUUAUUAAAUUAUUCAGACUUAAAAAUGAGCUAAACCUUAGAUAAUCCUGAAAUAAUAUUUGCUUCGAUGAAGAAAUCCAUCGGAUUCAAGCUUUCGUAAAAAAUGAUUCUAUUAUGCCUCAAAGUGAUGUGUCAUAUGUUUUUAACUAUCUUAUUAUUCAUACUUCAUAAAUAGAUAAUGUUGAGCAUAAGGGAUGUUCAAACACACCAUACCUAGUAGGUUUAAGUGGUCAAAACCGUGAGGUAUUUCUUUAAAUUCUAAUAUUCUGUAGUCACCCUUCCUCCCUUCCUCAAUCCGUUGUCAAAAGCAAGAUACCCUCCUAAUCUCUCUUCACAUUGAUACUUAAGCUUCCGUUCUAACAAUUUUCAGGAGCUCAAAAAGUUCCAAAAUACUCAUCAUUUCUUGCGAUCUGUUUAGGCGUAUUUGCCUCACAGCCAUAUUUCUGCUUUGCCUCAUGGUCAAAUAUUUGCUUUCACAGUCAAAUGUGCGGUUUGCCCAAUUUUCCGAGGUUUCAAGCAUAAUUUGUCUGUUUUGAAAAUUUUAAUCGGGCAUUUUCUGCACCCGUGACAAUUUUUACUCCAAUAUUAACUUUGUAAGUUUUUUCUCGCACACUAAAUAUAAUUUAUAUAGUGUCCACAAUGACACGACUUUACAUAUAAUUAAAGAGACUGCAUUCUUAUUUAAAAGACAUAUUAUUGUGCAAUGGUUUGUUAAUUCUAUAAUAGCUCCUUUAUCUUAUAAGAAUUUUUGAUUUUUGUUAAAACCUUUUGUUCUGUUGAAAUUUUGUCUUCAUGUUUCUAAAGAGUUUAUUAAAACAUGUUAAUGCUUUAUA